UAAACAGUCGAAACUUACUACCGUCUCUGUCUCCGUUAUUAUAAAGAUCACGGAUAUCACAGUGGUGACGAGGAUGGGAUAAAUGCAAGGGAAAUAAUCGAAGGACAUUGAAAGAAUAAGGACAAGUCUGAAAGAACAAAAGGAAAAGUCACCGGACUGACGAGAAAGACUGGGUAGCUAUUGGAACUGAAAUUGUGUUAGCACCAUGGCGUUCCAAAUAGGUAGCAUUGGGGAGUACAAAGAAUCUGAAGAAGAUUUUGAAUCAUAUCUUGAACGUUUCGAACAGUGGAUAAUUGCGAAUGCGGUGCCUGCCGACAAAAAGGUCAGUGCUUUCUUAUCUACGAUUGGGCCAGACGCAUAUUGCUUACUGAAGAACUUAACUGCUCCAACAAAGCCUAGCACAAUGGGAUACAAGGCACUUAUCAAGGAGCUAACUGACCAUUUCAAACCGGAAAAGAAUGUAAUUGCGGAACGAUUUCGUUUUCAACGGAGAAACCAGCAAGAGGGAGAAAGUAUAGCCAGUUUCAUUGUAGCUCUUAAACAGCUCUCUAUACACUGUGAAUUUGCUGGACAUUUGGAUGAAGCGCUCCGAGACAGAUUUGUCUGUGGACUGAGGUCAGAAGCUAUGCAGAAAAAACUACUGACAGAAUGGAAUUUAACUUUCAAAAGUGCUUGCGACAUUGCUUGCACGAUGGAAAUGGCAUCUAAAAACACAACGGAAUUUUCAGACAAGGCAAAAGCGACAUCAGAGGUGUGUACCGUAUCCAGCCAGAAAGUGAAACGUGAACAAACAAGGCAUGCCAUUGCAAGUGGUAACCAACUGGAUGGAUCGGCAGACGUGAGUACACAGCAGUGUUAUCGAUGUGGAGGCAAACACACAGCCAGCACUUGUAAAUUUAAGACAGAAAAAUGUCACAGUUGUUCCAAAAUGGGACACAUUGCUCGCGCAUGCAGAAAUAGAAACAAACCUAUGACAACCCAGUAUGUUGAACAGGAAGAUAUGGCUAAUGAAAGUGAAAAUGAGCUUUUUGGAAUAUUGUCAGUGUACACUGCUACAGAUGGAAAUCGUGGCAUUGACAUACAGAUGCACAUUGAAGACAGCCCAGUGCAAAUGCAGUUAGACUCUGGAGCUGCAGUGACACUAGUGUCAGAAAAAGUAUACCAACAAGCCCUAGCACAUUUACCCCUGCAGAAAUGCAAUUUGAGAUUAACAACUUUCACUGGAGAUAUCAUUCCUUUGAAGGGUCAAGUAAACGUGGCUGUAAGAUAUGACACGCAGAGGCAGACACUACCACUCGUAGUCGUUAAGGGGGACAGACCUGCGCUGCUAGGGAGGAAUUGGUUGAAGAAGAUAAGACUCAACUGGACGAGCAUAUUUGCUGUUGAACACAAAAAUGACCUGGAACCAGAGGUGGCGGCGUUGCUCCAGCGAUAUGAGUCAGUGUUUCAUGAGGGGCCUGGCACCAUCCGGGGGUUCAAAGCGCACAUCAAAAUCAAACCGGAGGCCAGGUCCAUUUUCAAGAAAGCCAGACCACUGCCCUAUGCCUUGAAAGAGACGGUGGAGAAAGAACUGGACAGGCUGGAAGCCAUGGGCAUCAUUUCUAAGGUGGAUCACAGUGAGUGGGCCUCGCCUAUAGUGGUAGUCCCAAAAGCAGACAAAAGCAUCCGAAUAUGUGGCGAUUACAAAGUCACCAUCAACCACAGCGUGGAGGAGGAAACCUACCCACUGCCAAAUACAGAAGAUCUGUUUGCAAACUUGGCAGGGGGGAAGUGGUUCUCAAAGCUGGAUCUGUCACAUGCAUACCAACAACUAGAACUGAGUCAAUAAUCAGAGAAGUAUUUGACAAUCCAUACUCACCGCGGCCUGUACAGGUACCAUCGCCUAUCAUACGGGGUCUCCAGUGCAUCCUCAAUUUUUCAGGGAGUUAUGGAUCAGGUGCUGCAGGGACUGGAGGGGGUCACCUGUUUUUUGGAUGAUAUCCUUGUCACAGCAGACACAAAACAAGCCCACUUACUGAGAUUGGCAGAGGUCUUGAACAGACUAGAGAAGUUUGGAAUCAGGGCAAAGUCUACAAAAUGUCAGUUCAUGAAGAGCCAAGUGGAAUAUCUGGGGCAUCUCAUUGAUGGAGAGGGCCUGCACCCCACAGAGGAAAAAGUGACAGCCAUAGUGAAUGCUCCUAGGCCCACAAAUGUGACAGAGCUGCGGUCGUACUUAGGCCUUUUAAAUUACUAUGGGCGUUUUCUGAAAGAUUUAGCCAUUCUGCUACAGCCACUUCAUGCUUUGCUAAAGAAAGACGUGCCUUGGGAGUGGACACCUGCCUGUGAUGCUGCUUUCCAGCAGGGUAAGGAGCAGCUCUUGGGAAGCACAGCACUAGAGCAUUAUGACACAAGAAAACAAGUACGGCUGGCCUGUGAUGCUUCUCCGUAUGGAGUGGGGGCAGUAAUUUCACAUGUGUUGGAGAAUGGUGAAGAAAAGCCAAUUGCAUUUGCAUCCCUCACCCUGAUGGAGGCAGAAAAGAAAUAUGCACAAAUCGAGAAGGAGGCGCUUGCUAUCGUCUUCGGGGUCAGAAAGUUUCACAAGUACCUUUAUGGGUGGAAAUUCAUACUGACUACUGACCACAAGCCACUGUUCACCAUUCUGGGGCCUAAGUCAGCUAUUCCAACUCUGGCAGCACUAAGAAUGCAGCGCUGGGCACUAAUUCUCAUGGCAUACACAUAUGACAUUGAGUACCGCAGAUCGGAGGAUCAUGGAAAUGCCGAUGCAUUGUCCAGAUUACCAAGAACGCAGAAAGAUGACACUGCAGCAGAGCAGGGGAUCUUCUACUUCUCCUAUGUGAAUGAACUGCCAGUGCAAGCUGUUGAGAUAGCAGAAGGCACCAAGAAGGAUCCUGUUCUCAGCAAAGUGCUGAACUACAUUCUGGAGGGUUGGCCUGAGGAACUACAGGAUGGCCUGCUGAAACCCUUUUUCAGUAAAAGGUCUGAGCUCUCAGCAGAUCAUGGCUGCAUUUUAUGGGGGCUUCGAGUGGUCAUUCCUCCAAUGCACAAACAACGACUGCUGAAUGACUUACAUGAGGGACACCAGGGCAUCUGCUGUAUGAAAGCUUUAGCCAGGAGCUGUAUGUGGUGGCCUCAAAUAGACAAUGACAUCGAAGUCAAGGCGCAAAGUUGCCAAGCUUGUCAGGCGGUGAGGAAUAUGCCUGGGGUGGCACCACUGCACUGCUGGAAGUGGCCAGCUCGAGCGUGGCAAAGAAUCCAUAUUGAUUUUGCCGAAAAAGACAAGCAACAUUUCCUGGUGGUGGUGGAUAGCCACUCAAAAUGGCUUGAAGUAAUCCACAUAACCACCACGACGGCAUCCAAAACCAUUGAGGUUCUUCGGGGGCUAUUUGCAGCUUAUGGAUUGCCAGAAGAAUGCGUGAGCGACAAUGGGCCGCAGUUCGUCUCUGCGGAAUUCCAAGGGUUCCUGAAGAAUAAUGGGGUCAAGCAGACCUUGGUCCCAGCGUACCACCCUGCCUCAAAUGGGGCAGCUGAGAGAUCUGUGCAGACACUGAAAGCGUCUUUGCUGAGGCAGGUGCUCAGUGAUGAUCCUGCGGCCAACAAAACCUCUCUUCAGCAUCAGCUAGCAAACUUCCUCCUGAUGUACCAUAGUACGCCCCAUUCUGUGACAGGCUGCACACCUGCAGAAUUGUUCUUAAAGCGGAAAUUGCGGACCAGAUUCAGUCUUCUCAGACCUGACCGUGCUAAGUUCAUGGAGGCUCAACAGGCCAAACAAAAAACAUACCAUGACCAUGAUCUGUGCUGCACGUUUUCAGUGAAGGAGACCUGGUCCGGGUGAGAAACUUCCGCGAGGGGAAGGAGAAAUGGAGAAAGGCAACAGUAGUAAAGCGCCUAGGACUGGUGACCUACCUGAUUCAUGAUGGCGUACAAGAGCGCACUUUUCAUAUUGACCACAUGCUGUCUUCAAAAGAAUCUGGAGAAGUUGCCCGUGGCAAGGCCACGGACACUGCAAGUGACCAUGACAUAGCGCUGCCAGCCUUGGAGAGGGAUCCACCUGCAACUCCAGGGGCUACUGGGUCCAGCAAUGAGGAUCAAAGUGUGACACCUCACCAGCCCCAAGCUUACACACACACCCCAGCUCCGGCGCAUGUCACUUCGCACACCCCAGCUCCGGCGCAUGUCACUUUGCCUUCAACAGCACAAACACUACACACACCACCGACCAUGGCGCCCACCAUUGCCCCAGAACCACGAAGAUACCUUCAGAGAUGCCACACUGCUCCAAAGAGACUGGACUGGUGAUUGGGUGGGGUUUGGGGUUAAGGAUGUUUAGGGCAAAUGUUAUUAGUGUGUUAUUGCUUUAAACAAUGGGGAAUAAGUUCUUAUAACCUUAUUGCUGAAUUUCUUAGUUUCAGAUAGUACAGUAGUAUUACUUAGAACAGACACCAGUUAAGCCAUGUUAGGAAUAACCUCUUGUUUAUUUUUUAGGUGCUGAAGUAAUUCAGGAAAAAGGGAUUUCUUUACUAAAAGGGGAGGAGUGUUAUGGAUGGCCCUUAGUUUAUUUAGUGCUUGAUCGCCACCUUGUGGUGAUCAUAUACUGAUGCAGUUAUGUGACUGUAUGUUCAGUUCAGCCAUGAUUUGCUCAGUAAACAGUCGAAACUUA